CACCCACACCCACACCCACACCCACACCCACACCCACACCCACACCCUCAAGUACUAUACUUUAUCAAACUAAUAAAGAUGUAAAACAUACAAAGCCUGAACAACUACUUAUGUAUAUUGGUGCGUAAAUAGCAUUAAUUACAUACAUUUUUUAAAUGUUAUAUAUAUAUUUCACACUAGGUGGAGCCGGAGGUUGUGGUAAAUCUAGAGUGACCGAAGCUAUAUCUGCUUUUAUGUCUUAUCAUAAUCGAACGCAUACAAUACGAAGUCUUGCACCAUCAUCAGCUGCAGCUGUAGGUAUCGAUGGUUUAACUAUACAAUCGAUGUUACAUGAAGGACGUAAUAAAACUUAUGAUAAUCAUACUUUAACACAAACCGAUCUAUCAACUAUAGAAACUGAAUGGAGAAAUAUUGAUUAUUGUUUAAUAGACGAAAUUUCAAUGGUUGGUUGUUAUAUGUUAGCUCGACUUCACAGAAUAACCACAAUAGCAAAACAUACUGAACCAACAAUUCCAUUUGGUGGCAUUAAUAUGAUAUUUCUAGGUGACUUUGUACAAUAUCCACCAGUACUUGAUCGACCACUCUAUUCAAAUAUAUUAUCACCAACUGAUAGUUUAGCAAAUACUGUGAGUACUAUUAAUCUAACUCAUAGACAGCGUAAUAUAACUGAACGUGAUAUACAAUGUAAAGUUGGGCGAGCACUUUGGCUACAAGUUAAUAAAGUAUUCUUUUUAACGCAACAAAUGCGUAAUAAAGAUCCAUUAUUUAUGGCUAUGCAGGAAAGAUUAAGAACUGGACAGUGUAGAGAUGAUGAUUACAAUAUGUUAUGUAAACGUGUUGUUUCAUCUGACAAUGAUGUUAAAUCAUUAGGACAAUCGCCAUGGAAUUUAGCACCAAUGCUAGUAUUUAGAAAUGAAGUUAGAACAAAUAUUAAUAACUAUUGUGUAUUUGAUGAAAGUAUUGAGCAUAAUCAACUACCAACCGUUGUGGUUGCAAAUGAUCGAGUCCGAAAUCAUGAUAUUGAUAAUACUGACCUUCGACAUUUUUUACUUUCAUUGCCUGAUAAUAAAACAGAUGGUUUACCAGGAUAUCUACCAAUUGUAAUGAAUAUGCCAGUUCUUAUAACACAUAAUAUUGCCACAGAAUUACAUAUUUCAAAUGGUUCAAUUGGUCGACUAGUACGUUUGGUAUAUGAUAAUCAUAAUGAAAAUUUAAACAAUAAUACUGAUAUUACAAAUCCUAACUUUCCAUUUAAUACGAAAUAUAUUCAAACACCAUUAUAUGCUUUAGUAGAAUUACCACAGUCUAAACUUUCUUCGCCUUUAAUUGAUCUACAACCUACCAUGAUACCUAUUCUACCCGAACAAAAAACAAUUAAAAUCGAUCUAAAAUCAUUUAUCACUCCAACACAAAAAAGACUAUUAAAUAAUAAAACUAGUAUAACUAUUUGUCGAACUCAACUACCUAUUGUACCUGCUUAUGCUAUGACUACACAUAAAUGUCAAGGUAAAACUUUGACAUCUGGUAUUAUCGAUUUAGUUCCACCUCCAUAUGCAAAAUCUGAUCUGGCAAACGUUUAUGUACCAGUAUCACGUUUUACAUCUGCUGAUACAAUAGCAAUUUUACGUCCUUUUCCUCAAUCGAUACUAAAUCAGAAACCACAUCCUGAUAUGAUUAUUGAAUUAGAACGUUUAAAUAAGUUGUGUAACAGUAGAAUUUAA